AUGAUUUGUGAAAAUCAUACCAGAGUCACUAAGUUUAUUCUUCUCGGUUUUACUAACAACCUUGAGAUGCAAGUUUCCCUGUUUGUUUUGUUCCUAGUCAUCUACACAGUCACUUUGUUGAGCAACUUCCUUAUUGUCUGGGUUACCAGUGUGGAUCCUGCUCUUCAGACACCCAUGUACUUCUUUCUCCAACACCUAUCACUUCUUGAAGUCUGGUUCACCUUGGUCAUGGUGUUGAAGAUGUUGGUAGAUCUGCUGUCACCAAGGAGAAUCAUCUCUUUUAUAGGCUAUGGUACCCAGAUGUACUUUUUCUUCUUCUUUGGCAGCUCUGAAUGUUUCUUUUUUUUUAUGAUGGCUUAUGAUCACUUUGCGGCCAUCUGUAACCCUCUUUGAUAUUCAGUCAUAAUGAAUAGGUCUUUAUGCUUGUGGGUGACUGUAGGCUCUUGGAUUUCUGGUGUUCCUGUCUCUACGCUACAAACUGCUCGAAUGAUGUCCCUUCCUUUCUGUGGGCCACAGUGGGCCACUGUGGACCUUUUUUGUGAUGGUCCUCCAGUCUUGAAACUAGUCUCUCAGGAUACAAACAUGUAUGAAAUGCAAGCACUUGCUUCCACACAACUCUUUAUUAUGUUUCCCUUUUCCCUCAUUUUGGUCUACUAUAUUAUCACAACCAUCCUGAGGAUGCCAUCAGCUACUGGUCGCCAGAAGGCAUUCUCCACUUGUUUAUCAGUGGUAUCCCUUUUCUAUGGAACAGCCAGCUUGACCUACUUAUGGCCCAAAUCCAACCAGUCCCCAGAGAGCAAAAAAUUAGUGUCAUUGUCCUACACUGUCAUCACUCCUAUGUUAAACCCUAUAAUCUGCAGCCUAAAGAACAGUGAAGUGAAGGCAGCAGUCAAGAUGAUGUUCACUAGAAAAGUCUUGCAGAAGUUGGUUGUGUUUUGA